AGGGCGCUGCACAUGAAGGAGCAUCCGGAUUACAAGUACAGACCUAGAAGGAAACCGAAACCUCUGAUGAAGAAAGAGCAAAAGUUCGGCUUCCCGAUGUCGCACAUGUCUCCGCCGGACUCCCAUCAGCUCUCCAGAUCUCUGAUCCCUCCGAUCAGCUCAGCCUCAAGUCUCACUUCGAGUCUCCUCACACCGGAUUCAGAUCACCUGAAGAUCCAUCGCUCGAUGUUCCCGCCUCUGCCGUACCUCUACCCGUUCAGACAUCCAGUCGAUGAAUCGAAAUUCGCAGCAGAAUUGGCGCUUCUCUACAGCAACAACCCGUUAUAUCCGCCAGGAUUGAACUGGCCCAUCUCGAAUCUGAGCGGCAUGGGAAGUCCCUGCAACAUCUGCCCUCCGGCUUUCCCGCGACGGACGCCAAGUCCGGAGACGAUCAAGAGGCCCGUCUGCGUGAUCAUGAAGAACGACGAGUUCCGGAACGAUCAGGUUCCCGCGCACGUCAUAUGAAAACCACUUCC